AAUUUGAUAUUUUAAGUUGAAAAGUAUUUUUUCCGGCCUGUCUCUCCUUCAGCCACUCGAGUUUCCGGUUCAUCGUCAGUGUGUGUUUCCGGUGAGCUCCAAGAUACGCAGACAUGCCACUCGCAAAGGAUCUAUUGCACCCCAGCACCGAGGAGGAAAAGAGGACACACAAGAAAAAACGUCUUGUGCAGUGUCCUAACUCCUACUUCAUGGAUGUCAAAUGUCCAGGCUGCUACAAGAUCACCACGGUGUUCAGCCAUGCACAGACUGUAGUACUGUGUGUCGGCUGUUCCACAGUCCUCUGUCAGCCUACAGGAGGCAAAGCACGACUUACAGAAGGAUGCUCAUUUAGAAGGAAACAGCACUAGUAUGACUGGAGGUGGUCGGAAACAGUUGAGAAAGAAUGGACGGAGCAACACUGCCAUGGAGCUGAUGCAGCACUGAGGAAAUGAAGGGCGUGAAAUACAAAUCAUGUAAUAUAAGAGGCCUAUCAACAGAAUAUGCACAGAGGAGUGAUCGGCAUUGUUGAGAUCCCAUCAACAACUCAUAUCCAUUAAUUAGUUUCUCUUAAUAAACAUAGUUUGUUUAUGUUAAAAUAA